UUCAUAUCUGUGUGUCGAGUGACUAGCGAUAUUAUUUGAACGUAGCCAUUUGAUCGCGAAGGUCAGUAGACACUUGAUGUCGACGGCGAUAACAUUAACGGCAGAUAUUCAAAACUUGUUAUUGUUACGAGGGUUAAACACACCAAGGAGUGAAACCAGAAUGUUCGCCAACAAGGUAGUCCUGGUAACUGGAGCUAGUUCAGGAAUUGGUGCUGAGACCGCCAUACAAUUUGCAAAGUUAGAAGCAAAACUGGUCCUCACUGGAAGAAACAAGGACAACUUAGCGCAGACAGCGAAGCAGUGUGAAGAAGCAUCGCCCAAGAAACUUACGCCAUUAUCCGUUGUCGCCGAUAUUGAUAAUGAAGCUGAUGUUGAACGUUUAAUGAACGAAACUAUUAGUAACUUCAAGCAACUUGAUGUGCUGGUCAACAAUGCAGGUAUUAUGCAAAUGGGUUCAAUAGAAGAUACUUCCUUGGCUCAAUACGAUAGCAUAAUGAAUACGAAUGUUCGAGGACCUUAUUAUUUGACCAUGUUGGCGACACCACAUCUUAUAAAGACUAAAGGGAACAUUGUCAAUGUAUCCAGUGUAGCUGGAUUGAGAUCUUUCACUAACGUACUAGCUUACUGCAUGUCUAAAGCUGCUUUAGAUCAAUUUACACGAUGUGUGGCAUUGGAGCUGGCUGGAAAAGGAGUUCGUGUCAAUGCAGUUAACCCAGGUGUCAUCGAGACUGGUAUACAUUUGAGAGGCGGAGUCAGUGAAGAAGAUUAUGCUGCGUAUUUGGAGAAAUGUAAGGAGACCCAUGCAUUAGGCAGAACUGGAACUACCAAGGAGGUUGCCAAUACAAUUAUAUUUUUGGCCAGUGAAGGUGCAAGUAAUAUAACUGGUGCAACCAUCGCUGUUGAUGGUGGCCGGCAUGCAAUGUGCCCACGAUAAUGCUAAUAAAUCUUAUAUAAUUCGAAGGAAGAAAAAUAUGUGAAACCUAAAUAAUAUUUUAUAUCUCCAUACCUAAUAAUGCUGUGUUUAUGUGUACUUGAAUGUUUCUGAAACAUACAUAAUAUAUCGUUUUUAACUA